AUGUUGUCGCAAAGCCAACCUGAUGUCAACACUCUGUUGCACAACAUGCAUGCCCAGAUUUUGGCGUUGACCACGCAACUCACCGAGCUACAGGCAAACCCCACUGCAGCAGCCCGCUCAGUUGAGAAGAAGUUCAAUAAGAAAGUUGAAGUCGUUGCUGGCCCUGGCACCUUCGAAGGAGACAGAGUAGCCACUGCAGUGCUAUCUCGACUAAAAGGACCUGUGGCGGGUCAAUACGCCCAAGUUAGAAUGCAGGAGUGCUACACCAUGGGAGUGUGGCCUGUCUGGGAUGAUCUCAAAGUUGAGAUCAAAAAGUAUUCCAAACCGCAAGCUGAGCGUGACUGGGCACGUCAGCAGAUCUGUACCUUCAAGCAAGGAAACAUGAGGACGGAUGAUUUUGUAACCCGGUUCCUGGCCCUCUCCAUCCAAGGGGAAGUGUUCUGA